UCCACGUUCGCUCUCUAUUCCUCCAGCAGCUUUCGGUUUCACACCCUGCAUCCCGACAGCCAAACACACAACCCCUUCAACACAACCCCAGCACAACCCAUACCCACAGCAGCACAAGCUCGUCUCAUUCCAGACCGUUCUAAAUAUGACGCAACACACAAUCUUGCUUCUGCAGACGCACGCGAAUAGGAAGGAUACGAGGCAAUGGGAAGAUCACGAUACAGUCAGCCUCGCCGUCGAAUCGGUCAUCAGUAAAUUCGAGCAGCGUCUGAAGCAGUCAAACCCGACCGUUCGCAACAUCCAAUAUGAUAUCAACGAUCUACAGAAGUAUAUUGACUCCCUGGGCGAUGUGGCCUGCCUAGUGCUCGACCCAACGGCGCGCGCGUACAUUCCGCAUGACCGGGAUUGGUUCAAAGCAAGGGUGUUCAACCACCUCAAAAGGCAAGCGUCCGCAGCCCGAUAAACACCGGAGGCCACCCAAAUAACAGGUUAUGAAUGGAGGAUACUUCGGCACCCCUUCUUGCUGCGCAGAACGAACGGGAGAGAGAAAGCGGCGUACAAUUUACGCAAGGGGUUCUUAUACAUACCCCAUGUUGUCCCUUCCUUAUUGAGUGCGGUCUGGGGAUGUGGUGUGCUACGGUGGGGCAUCAUAAGGCCCGCCACGCAACCCCACGGAAACCGCGCAGAUGCGCUUAGUGAACCAUCAAGGCUCUCUAUUGAACAUUAGUUCAUAUGUCUUGAGAGAAGGUCUUCGGAUUGGCGUAAGAGGGUUUGAAGCCAAUAAUGAAAACGUUUCUUUGACCUCGAA